AUGAUCCCCAUGCUCAGAAUGCUGCUGUACUUUGGUCUGACUAUGGGACACAGGACUGCAGUAUCGGCAGGUACUCUCCCAAAGCCCAUCAUCUGGGCUGACCCAGGUUCUGUGAUAGCCUUAUAUAAAUCUGUGAGUAUUUGGUGUCAGGGAUCCUGGGAGGCCAAGGAGUACCUUCUGCAUAAAGAAGGAAGCCUAAAUCCUUGGGACAGAGAGCUCCCUCUGGAAACAAGGGAAAAGGCCAAGUUAUACUGUCAACACAUGACAAUCCAACAUGAAGAGAUAUAUACAUGUCACUAUAAGAGCACUGCAGGUUUUUCAGAGCACGGUGACAUGCUGGAGCUGGUGCUAACAGGAGCUUAUGAAAAACCAAGCCUGUCAAUAUUCCCUCGCCAUGCUGUAUCCACAGAAGAGUUCAUAACCAUGAACUGUAGCUCAUUAUUCAUUCUGAUCCAGGAAGGAAACCACAACCUCUCCUGGAUCCUGGACUCACAGCAACAUGCCAAUGUGUCAGCUUGUGUUUGGUUUGUUCUGGACUCUGUGACUACAAAACACAAUGGAAUAUUCAGAUUAUAUGGCUAUUUUAGGAAUAAUCCCCACAUCUGGUCAGAAUCAAGUGACUCAAUUGAUGUCCUGGUCUCAUGUAAGGACCCCUGA